UUCCUCUCCCGGAGGCGCAUCCUCAAGAAGAGUGAGGCAGGCGCAGAGAGAGAGAUGUUUUAUUCAGGUAUCCUGACAGAGCCGAGCAGGAAAGAAGUGGAGCUUCGGGAAGCCGCAUCCCUCCGGCAGCAGAGGAGGAUGAAGCAGGCGGUGCAGUUCAUUCACAAGGACUCCGCGGAUCUCCUCCCUCUGGACGGGCUGAAGAAACUGGGCACUUCGAAAGAUACUCAACCGCAUAAUAUCCUGCAGAGACGCCUAAUGGAAACAAAUUUAUCAAAAUUACGAAGUAGCCGAGGCACCUGGACUCCCAAGAACGAUAUCCCCAAUAAGCUGAAUCAGACCAAACUGGGCAGCUCCAAGAGGACGGAGGAAGAGGAGCUCAUAGUGGUGAGCUGCCAGUGCGCUGGCAAGUUGCUGAAGGCUGUGGUGGACACCGGCUCGCAGUACAACCUCAUCUCGUCUGCCUGCCUUGACCGGCUGGGGUUAACGGAGCAUCUCAGGGCGUUCAGUAACGACGAGGAGAGGAUUUCGUUGCCGCACAACGUGCGGGCAAUCGGCCAGGUCGACCGGCUGGUCCUGGUGGUGGGAGCCGUCCCCGUGGAGUGCGCCGCCCUCGUCGUGGAAGACAGUGAGAAACCCUUCUCCUUUGGGCUGCAGACGCUGAAGUCUCUGAAGUGUGUCAUCAACAUGGAGAAGCACCAUCUCAUCCUGGGGCAGGCCGACAGGGAAGAAAUCCCUUUUGUGGAGGGUGACGCGGCUGUGGAGGACGAGCGCACUUCAGAGGCAUAAGGAGAAACUGAAAUGCCCCCACACGAGACCUUGACAUCAAAGACCCUCUGUGCAGCUGUUCCAGAUGAAACAGCAACAUGCUGCUUUGGAAACAUUUAUACUAGGCUACAGCUUCAAUUUAGCUAAAUGAAAUCCUGUUCAGUAGCCAGUAACUUAGAGAUAUUGUCAUGUUUAUCUAUGGGUUUUGAGAAACAAAUGUGUGCUUAUUUUCUGGACUUUUCUAUAUACUGCCCUCUUUAUUACGAACAGUCAGACAAACCUUACAAAUUUCUCCUGAUGAGAAAAAUACUUUUUAUAGUGACCUCCUAUGAGUAAUUGUAUUCAGCUGUGAUCAGAGGCUAUCAGAAUGAGAUUUUUAUUAAUGAUUUUUCCAGAGGCUAAGAGUUUAUAUUUGCUUAAUUGAUAUUGCCACAUUCAAAUGGCCAUUACUGGGCAGUUUCACAGCAACGUAAUGAUGCUAAUACCAUCCACGGGUUACGGUUUGUCCUGUUAGCCAUAUAAUGAGGGCUGCAGCUGCCAGCUCGAUGAGGAGGAGCGAUUACAGCAUUAUUCGGGGUGAGGUUUGUCCUUGGUGGCGCAGAAGCAGCCCCACAGCAGUGGCGGGAGCGCGUGGCCGGGGGCGAUGUCACCAGCUGCGCCGGACAGGCAGGAAAAUUGCCCAUUGGACUGAGCCAAAAAGACGGAAACAAGCACAAAAUUUUACAGGUUGGAAAGCAGCAGAUGCAGAGCCUUAGUGGUCUAUCGUGAAGCAAUGCUGUAUUUUUAUCUAGUUACAAGUCGCCUGGGAUCUGUAAGUACAAGACUAACCUUGCUCACCCUCAGGACAAGUGGGAGUUUUCCCCAGGACCAGCAUUUCCCCUGCAUUUCCGCCCUGCAGCAGCAGGUUACUGCUUCUGCUGCUUCUCCCUUGCAGACCAGAGCAAAUGCGCUGUGCUGCCUCGAGGAGCCUGGCCUCGUGUAGAGGCAGCUUUCUGGGUUUUUAAAAGCUAAUGGGAAUUAAUUCCUGUCAACUGCUACAGCGGCAUCUUUAAAAUCUGGAAUAAUAUCCUUCUGGUGAACAGCACCUGCUGAGGCGGGGCAGCAAGUCCCCCGGGUAGGUCUGCAAGGGGCCCCUUCAGCGCGGCGUAGCCAGGAGCGCUAACGCUGCGGCUGCCGCUUAGCGAAAGCACCUAGCGGCCAGUAACACCGUCAGCCAUGUUCAGCCACCUCACACCUCCACUGGCAUCACAGCUGGAGCUUUAUCUCCAGCAGUGGGUUUGAACUUUUUUUCAAUAUUGGGUAUUACUAGCAGAUCUGGAGUAUCCGUAUUUUGAGCUAUUUUCUAUUUUGGUGAUAUGUUUCAGUGCUUUCUCUACAUACAGUAUUUUAUAUAUUAUAGCUAUAUACACACACACACACACACAUAUAUAUAUAUAUGUACACACACACAUACAGGGUUGGGCUGCCUAGGGCAUCCCAUCAAUUUGUUGUAGAAAUAUUUCACUAAAUAUGAAAUAUAUUUGAUUAUUUUAUAUGUUAUGGGUUUGGUAUUUUGGCACUUCAUUCUUUCUGUGCUUAUUAUUGUGCUGAGUAUCAAAUUAAAUCUAAAUAAAGUUUGUUAUUGCUGUUCAUUUGCUUGUACCCUGCAUAUGCCAAUUAUUUGUUUUCAGUGAACAUAUCUACAGAGAAUAGGAGUUCAUUUUAAUCUUCAGCCUGACUAGCCUCCACAGAGCUUUUGUGACUGCUGGGAAUUGAUCUUGUACUGUAUGGAGACUGGCAGCUUCGCCACGCCAGCUAAAUGGCAUGCAGGAUUUGUGGUAAAAUACUAGCGUUUGGACUUCUAGUCUUUUGUUGCUGUGCAUCUCUCUCGUGAAGAACACGUGAACUCCAGCAUGCAAUGUUUGAACUCUACCCUUUAAAAAGAUGAGUUUGUUUUUGUGGAGGUUGUCUAGCUUGUUGGGACAAUACAAGGUGGCUUAAGGUAAUAUGAAAGAAACUUUGUGAAUUUUAUGAAACUAGGAAAAGAAAGUG